CCAGGUGAGCACCGUCGUCGUCCACGGCGCCGGCGGCAGUCCAGCGAGCGGCGGCGCACGGAGCCAUCACGUCGGCCAUCGCAAGACGAGGCCGACGAACCUGCAGGCGACAAGACAAGAAGACCUAAAAGGUGGUAAGCAAGGAAGGUCUUGGUAGGAAAAAAAAAGGGGGCAGUGCGGCUUAGGGUUUAGCCCAUCCACCAAACCCUGCAGCCCCAAGCGCCGCCGCCUCCCUCUCUCUCCAUUUUUUUCCCUCUCGCGGGGCCGGCGGAGGAACGCCGGCCAAAUUUAUUAAGCAAAAGCCGACGGCUGGUGCCUCUCUCGGUUAUCUCGAUCGAUCCAAAGCAGCAGGGUGCGAUGGCCGCCGCCGCCGCGAGCUACUCAUCUAGUUCUUGGAGGGUCCGACCCAGCCUAACCCCAUUGCGCUCCCCUCUCCAGCUCCAGCCACACGGACGAGCACAUCGGAUAGCCAUCUUCGCCGCCCGCAUGGAGUCGCGCUCGCAUGCGGCGCCCUCGGCGAUGCAGUCGUCUUCAGCGCUGCACAGGCUUGAGGUAGCAACUCAUGACAACAAAACAAUUCCUGAAAGGCUUGCAGUAGUCACUGGUGGAAAUAGAGGAAUAGGCCUGGAGGUAUGCCGCCAGCUUGCUCUCCAAGGUGUGACUGUCAUUCUGACAGCAAGGGACGAGAAAAGAGGAAAAGAUGCAGUGGAGUCCCUUCGCCAUGGAUCUAACCUCUCCAACAUAAUCUUCCAUCAGCUUGAUAUACUCAAUGAUAGCAGUCGUGCUUCAUUAGCCCAAUAUAUCAAGAGUAGAUUCGGGAAGCUUGACAUCUUGGUGAACAAUGCAGGUGUUGGAGGGGUUGCAGUAGACCAGGAUGCCCUGAGAGCUCUCAACAUUGAUCCCAAGAUUUGGCUAUCCGGCAAAGCAGUCAAUCUGAUCCAAUCAGUGAUCGUACAAACAUACGACGAGGCAGUAAAAUGCCUCAACACCAACUAUUAUGGAUUGAAAUGGGUAACAGAAGCUCUCCUGCCGCUACUGAAGCAAUCGACAUCAGGAGCAAGAAUUGUUAACACCACCUCUCUUCGGUCAGAGUUGAAGAGAAUGCCCAACGAGAAGCUCCGUGAUGAUCUGCGCAACGUCGAAAUGUGGGACGAAGCACGGAUCGAGGCGAUGCUGAAUGAGUUCUUGGCUGACCUGAAGAAGGAACGGCUUGAGGAGGCAGGGUGGCCAACAAUGCUGCCGGCCUACAGCAUGUCCAAGACUGUUGUGAACCUGUACACCAGGAUCCUAGCGAGGAGGCAUCCUGAGAUGCGGAUCAACUGCGUUCACCCUGGGUUUGUCAACACCGAGAUCAACUGGAAUACGGGCAUCAUCCCUCCUGAAGAAGGCGCGAGAGGAGCAGUGAAGGCAGCUCUGCUUCCUCAGGAUGGACCAUCCGGUUGCUACUUCGAUCAGACAGAGCUGGGAGAAGCUUGGUAGCACAAGAUUGCACCGCCAAAUAAGCAUGCCAAAUAACCAUCCUUCCAUGUUAGCUUUAUAAUUAGUUUUUUUUUUUGGGCAAGCAACCACAUAAUUUUCCAGACUUUGUGUAUGGAUGCUUAGAAUCAGUUUUGAGUUGUUUUGCAUGGAUUCUCAGAGAUUCUCAUGGAAUGGUCAACAUGGGAGCUCUUUUAAAUAAGAAAGGUUUUAAAAUAUAGAUUAAUAUGAUAUAUCACUGUAUAAAUAUUUAUGCAGUAUCAAAUUUGACUUUCGCAUGCUUCGGUAAACGAAUACGACUGUAGAUAU